CUGAGAAGCGCGGGAAUUCCAGGAAAUCAGGGUUUUCCCGCUAGUCACGUGAUAUAUAGUUUCUGUUUAUAUCAACCCUGCAAUUUUACGAGCGCAUUCAUAAUCGUGCAAGCUAGUAGAAAAGAACUGAUCGUUCGUGUGACUGAAAUAAGAAUUCAAAUUAUACCAAUAUGUCUCAGACCAUGAAGAAAAGGGCUAUUAGACCAAUAGAUCGACAGAGAAUGAGGCCAUGGCUCGUAAAUUUACUGAAUAACAAUUCAGUAGAUGGUCUUGCAUGGCGGGACAGAGAGAGAGAGACCUUCCAGGUAACAUGGAGACAUGGUUCUCGUCAUGGCUGGAGCAGGAAAGAUGCUGACGUAUUCGAAAGAUGGGCCAUGCACACAGGCAAAUUUAGAGAAGGUGAAACACCAGAUCCCAAAAAGUGGAAGGCUAAUUUUCGAUGUGCCUUAAAUAGCCUGCCUGACAUUAAUGAAGAAAAAAAUCUGAGCAACACAAAAGGUAAUAAUGCCUAUCGUGUCUACAAGAUGGCGAAGGAAACAAAAUCAGACAAAAAAUCAUCAAACAGGAAUGCCAACAAGCAUAAUCGAAUAAUUGAAGAAAUGACAAGUGAUGGAGAAGAAUCAAGAUCUUCAACAGGACAGGAAAGUCCACAACGUCUGACUCCAUCAAAUAAUAUCAACACCUAUAGCAUACCUGAUUUUUCACAAAUAUCUAGUGAUCAAUCCAUAAAAAAAUCACAUAUGGUUACACUGUCAGCGACUGGUCACUGUGGUGGUGGGAUAGUAUGUGUAAAUGAGGAAUCGAGUCCAGUGGAGACUUUCUAUUUGAAAAAUAUGAACCAGUAUGCAUCUGGUGUAAUUCCAAGUCCAGCACAUUCUUUAUCAGACUCGUCUUCUUCAGAUCAUUCCUACAGAGAUACAACUGAUGCAGAAUUAUCAGACAUAUCGCGGUUGGAUAAUUUGGAUGAAGAUGAGUUUCCUUUAAUGCCAACUGCCGAUUGGACAGAUUUACAAUUUUUUGAAGAUGAGAUAGGUGAACCAGCAGUGGUAACAAUAACAAAUUACAAUCAAGAAGACCUGCAGGAACCUACAGCAAUCUCUAUGGAAUGUUGAAAUCAGAACAUUAUACCCACCUACCAUUGAUCAUCAUCAUUCAUACCUGAAACCAAUACAGAUUUAGUUGUACAUAGUUUAAAACUUUUUUUUAGCAACUAUUUUAAUAUUCUCAUCCUAAUAUUGGUUAUUUUUUAUUUGUCUCAUUUUGUGAUAAUAUUUUGUGCAAUGCCAUAAUGUAGAUUAGCAUUCUGAAACAUUUCUAAAGCCACACAAAAAAAUAAAUAUUCUGAUUCUCUGAUUCUCAGACAAUUGUUCAUAAAUAUCUGAUGCAUGAGGGAGUCACAAUGGCUCAGUGAAUAAGAUGCUGGCUCACUAACCCGGUGUUGGUCGAACAAGUUCCCCUGGACUUUUCAGCAUGGUUACCCUUCAUCAUAAUCGGUGAACACAGUAGCUGAGUGGACACACUAGUCGAAUUCUUCACACGAUUUACCAGUUGACUGCAUCACUUUUCAUGUCACAUGAUUAAAUAUGGCAUCAACCAUGUCUUUAAACAAUCACGUGACUUCUUGAUAUGAGUGGUGAUUGGCUAAUGAAUUCUAUAAUUAGGCCAAUGCUUCAGCGAAGUGGACACACCAGGAGAAUUUGAUUUGGCCGAAUGACAAUGGACACACUAGGCUAAUUUCGACGCCAAUUGAAUUGGCCGAAUCAUUCGGCUAGUGUGUCCACUGCUUUAACGCACUGUAAUGUGUAUGCCUAUCUUCAUUUAGCCCAAUCAGUGCAGAAAAGUAUGACAUUAAGCUCCAUUUCAUUUCUGAUGCUGGAGGGAGGCACUACAUUUAUCUCAUGUUCUUUAUAAUUGAGCGAAGUAGAUUUACAUGAUUUUUUUUAUAUGGCCUAAUAAUUAAGUUUUCAAUCAGUUAUACUUCUGAUGUAUAAUUUGUAGACUAUUUAUAAUAUAUUUAUAACAAUCAA